UGGAGCAAGGGGUAAGUUCAAGUUACUUAUAACCCGUGGCCGGUUCACUCUCUUGAUUAUUAUCUGUUCAAUUAUUAUUCUACUCUUCAGUUUUUUAUUGUAAAGACAUAUACAUACAUACAUACAAUUGUCUCAUAAUCUAGCACAAUGGUUGGACGACUUGCUGGAAAGAAUGCUCUCGUUACUGGUGCUGCGGGUGGCAUCGGUCUCGAAACUACCAUCCUUAUGCUCCGCGAAGGCGCCUCCGUCCUGAUGACCGACAUCAGUGGCCCCGGGCUCGAAAAGGCCCUGAACAAAGUGAACGAGGUCGUGCCCGAACGCUCCGGUAAAGUGGAGACCCGCGUGGUCGAUGUCUCCAAGGAAGCCGAGGUGGAAGCUGCCGUGGCGCAUCUGGAUGCCUGGGGUGGAUUGGAUGUGAUUUUCAACAACGCGGGCAUCAUGCAUGCCAAGGAUGGCGACUCGGAGGAGACUCCCGAGGCGAUCUGGGACUUGACCAUGAACAUCAACGUCAAGGGCGUGUGGUAUGGAUGCAAGCAUGCGGUGAAGAGUCUGAGGAAGCAUGGCAAGAAGAAGGGAAGCGUUAUCAACACGGCCAGUAUGGUCGCUUUGGUCGGUGCUGCUACGCCCCAGCUGGCGUAUACCGCUAGUAAGGGGGCUGUGUUGGCUUUGACUCGUGAGUUGGCGAUUGUGCAUGCGAGGGAGGGCUUCCGGUUCAACUCGUUGUGUCCCGCUCCGCUUAACACUCCCCUUCUGCAGGACUGGCUCGGUGAUGACAAGGAGAAGCGCUUCCGUCGCGAGGUCCACUUCCCGACCGGUCGCUUCGGAGAGGCCAUCGAACAGGCCCACGCCGUCGUCUUCCUGGCUAGCGAUGAGAGCAGCUUCGUCAAUGCCACUGACUUCGUCGUCGAUGGUGGUCUGACCAAGGCGUAUGUGACUCCUGAGGGUCCUGCCACCGAGGCCCCUAAGAACCUGGGUCAAUAAGCAGUGACCCAUGUGUGGUCAGGAUGCUAUGAGUGAUGAUUGUAUGAUAGACUGGUUGAUUAGGCAAACGAUAUCCAUAUUUGAUUCCGUUGCAUGGCUCGACAGAUGUUCCAUGGGCCUGCUUCGUCCAGCGGCAUCUGCCACAUGUGUUCCAGUAUGAGUAGUGUCCUCUGCAUGUUGCCGAGUCCAAACGUGUUCACCAUGACGGUGAGCCGGCG